AUGAAGACUAAAAGAAUUAAAAAGGAACUUGAAAGUGAUGAUGAGCUACCACCAUCUUAUGGUGAGGAUUUUGUACUGCCUGCGUAUGAAAAUGAGCACCGGUUUGAUCCUAUUGUAUUUAGAUGGAUUAAUGAUACACAAAAAAGGGCAAAUACACUAAAAGAAAAAGAUCAAGGACAUGUUAAGUCUGAUUCAGUGCAUAGUACUAAUAUGCAAAAAUAUAAAAUCAAAGGAUAUUUGAGCCAACAAGACCUGUACUGUUUAAAAUCAGUAAUAGGCUUAGUCGAUUUUUAUAUUGAGUUUGGAGAAGAAUUGUAUAGAUUAUCUUCGAUUCCAAUUUGCAUCAUAGGUCAAGCAGGCCACGAAGCAAUUGCAGAUAGUACCUCUAAUACAUUAGAAAAUCAACCACAUUUAUACAAUCUUGAAGGACAAAUUGAACAUAAAUUUGACCUUAUAUCAACAUACAUUGAUAAGAAAAGCAAAUUGCAUUUAAUAGGGCACUCUAUUGGUGCAUGGCAGCAUUUGAUGAAAUGGAUACAGUCAAAGCCAUCAAAUGAAUACCAGAUGGUUCAACAAGAUUCAUGCUUAAUCAAGAGGCCUACAACAGUACUAGAAUCUGCUCAACUAAUGAAUAAUGUUAUAAUGACCGCUUUCAGUCUUUGGAACAUACGGGAGUAG